AUGUCGACUGAUAAGAUCACCUUCCUGACCAACUGGCACGCAACCCCCUACCAUGCCCCCCUGUACCUUGCCCACAGCAAGGGUUACUUCAAGGAUGAGGGCCUGAAGGUCGCUAUCCUUGAGCCCAAUGACCCCUCCGAUGUGACCGAGAUCGUCGGUAGCGGCAAGGUUGACAUGGGCUUCAAGGCUAUGAUCCAUACCCUAGCUGCCAAAGCCCGCAACUUCCCCGUCACCUCGAUCGGCUCGCUUCUUGACGAGCCCUUCACCGGUGUCAUCUACCUCAAGGACAGCGGGAUCACCGAGGACUUCCGCUCUCUCAAGGGCAAGAAGAUCGGAUAUGUUGGAGAGUUCGGCAAGAUCCAAAUCGACGAGCUUACCAAGCACUACGGCAUGACCGCCGACGACUACACCGCCGUCCGCUGCGGCAUGAACGUGACCAAGGCCAUCAUCCGCGGCGACAUUGACGCGGGCAUCGGCCUCGAGAACGUGCAGAUGGUCGAGCUGGCCGAGUGGCUGGCGUCGCAGAACCGUCCCCGCGAUGACGUCAAGAUGCUGCGCAUCGACCAGCUCGCAGAGCUGGGCUGCUGCUGCUUCUGCUCGAUCCUCUACAUCGCCAACGACGCCUUCCUGGCCGCCAACCCAGAGAAGGUGCACAAGUUCAUGCGCGCCGUCAAGCGCGCCACCGACUUCGUGCUCGCCGAGCCCGCCAAGGCCUACGAGGAAUACAUCGACGUCAAGCCCAUCAUGAACACCCCCGUCAACCGCAAGAUCUUCGAGCGCUCCUUCGCCUACUUCAGCCGCGACCUCAAGAACGUCCAGCGCGACUGGACAAAGGUCACCAACUACGGCAAGCGCCUCGAGAUCCUCGACGCCGACUUCCAGCCCAACUACACCAACGAGUUCCUCUCCUGGACCCUGGAAGCAGACUCCACCGACCCGCUCGGCGACCAGAAGCGCAUGGCCCAGCUGCAGCAGGAGGUCGCGCUCAAUGGUGGCUUCAAGCGCCUGCAAGUCUCCGCUACGGCUUAG